AUGGAGGAGCUCCAACGCGCCGUCGCGCGCUUACAAGACCAACUCGAUCUCAUGGUGUUCCGCCCGUUACAGAAGCGCGCGUUUGAGAGCUCAGCGAAGUGCUGCGAUGGGAACAAGCCGCAGAGAGAUUUCCACGCCUGUCUCGAACGCGCCGGUCAGCCCACAGCGCAGGCCGAGCGCGGGAUCACGGUGGAGCUCGGCGAGUUCUCGGGAAGGGUGCAGCGAUGCGCGCAGACGUGCGCGGAUAAGGCGCACGGCGUGGUGGAGAAGAAGGGAGAGGAGGCAGCUCAGGCGCAGAUGGAAAAAUGCGUAAACGAGUGCGGCGUCUUCUACACCAAAGAGCUCUCGGAGAUCGAGAGCAAGCUGAUGAAGCAAUGGAAGCCGUAA